CCUGGACAAAUGACACUUUCUGGGGCUGGCCGGCUAUAGCUCCCAGGCUUGAUGUCACCUCUGGAUGUGAGACUCUGUGUGUGUGUGUGUGUGUGUGUGUGUGUGUGUGUGUGUGUGAAUAGGGAGUUGAUGUCCCCUCUGGAUGUGUGUGUGUGUGUUCGUGUGUAUGUGUGUAGGGAGAAGGGGUUGUAUGUUUGCAUGUGGGUCGGGUCACUUGGGGCGAAACCCUCUCCAGCCCCUCCCCCACAUUCCUGGCGGGAGUGGGAGAUAAGGCUCAUGGCCACAGACAUCUACGUCAGAGAUAGGAGGGCUCAAUGCCACGGGCAGGGGCAACUCGAACUGUGGGGCGUGGGAAGACUGGGUGAGAAGGGUAGAAGAGGGUGGGUGUGGGAUGAGGAGGGGAAAGCAGGGAGGCCCUGGGCACACCCUGGCAGAAGGGGCACAGGGCAGGGAGUGGGUUCCCCGCUAGUAGGGCCAGGUGAGCCAUGGCGCUGCCACUGCUGCUCUUCUUGCUGCUGGCCCCACAGGGUGGGCACAGUUGCGAAGGGUCAGAGCUGGCCCGGGAGCUUGUUCUGGCCAAGGUGAGGGCCCUGUUCCUGGAUGCCUUGGGGCCCCCAGCGGUGACCAAGGAAAGUGGGGACCCUGCAGUCAGGCGGCUGCCCCGAAGACAUGCCCUCGGGGGCUCCACACGCAGGGGCUCUGAACCAGAGAAGGAGGAUGUCUCCCAGGCCAUCCUUUUCCCAGCCACAGGUGCUAGCUGUGAAGACAAGUCAGCUGCUAGGGAACUGGCCCAGGAGGCUGAGGAGGGCCUCUUCACGUACACGUUCCGGCCAUCCCAGCAUACACGCAGUCGCCAGGUGACUUCGGCCCAGCUGUGGUUCCACACUGGGCUGGACAGGCAGAGCACAGCAGCCUCCAAUAGCUCUGGGCCCCUGCUAGGCCUGCUGGCACUGUCACCGGGGGGACCCAUGGCUGUGCGCAUGUCUUUGGGCCAUGCCCCCCCUCGUUGGGCCGUGCUGCACCUGGCCACCUCUGCUCUCUCUCUGCUGACCCAACCUGUCCUGGUGCUGCUGCUGCGCUGUCCUCUCUGUUCCUGCUCAGCCCGGCCUGAGGCCACGCCCUUCCUGGUGGCCCACACUCGGACCAGACCAGCCAGUGGAGGGGAGAGAGCCCGGCGCUCAACUCCCCCAGUGUCCUGGCCUUGGUCUCCCGCUGCCCUGCGCCUGCUGCAGAGGCCUCAGGAGGAACCAGCUGCCCACGCCAACUGCCACAGAGUAGCACUUAACAUCUCCUUCCAAGAGCUGGGCUGGGAACGGUGGAUCGUGUACCCUCCCAGUUUCAUCUUCCACUACUGUCAUGGUGGUUGUGGGCUGCACAUCCCACCAAACCUGCCCCUUGUGGUACCUGGGGCUUCCCCUACCCCAGCCCAGCCCCCUUCCUUGCUGCCAGGGGCCCAGCCCUGCUGUGCUGCUCUCCCAGGGACCAUGAGGCCCCUACAUGUCCGGACCACCUCGGAUGGGGGUUACUCUUUCAAGUAUGAGACAGUGCCCAACCUUCUCACGGAACACUGUGCUUGUAUCUAAGGGGGUCUUACUUCUUAGUCCCUUGGCUGGUGGCCGCCCCACCAUCGUCAGCUGGGAGGAAGGGAAGAAUUGGGAAAUAGAUGGCUCCCACUUCUCCCUCCUUUCACUUCUUUGCCUGAGGGUUACCUUCCCCAUCCCACCUCUGUCUCAAUAAAGAACACAGUGCAUAUGACUUGG